AUGAGCUACGGUACCCAAUUCUUGCUGUACCCAGGGGCACCCUUGGGUACAGCAAGCAUUUUUGGGUCAAAGAUGUGCAGGACAUCGCCCUGCCUGGUGAGAACCCUAAAUUUUCUGAACUUUUUGAUUAUGUCGAACCCAUACGAUCAGAUCCUGCGAUCGUCUGUACCGCAAAAGCCGCAACGCGCGCCAGUUAGAGACUCCCAGCCUUCUUCCUCCGUACUAUCAAGAGCAAAGAGAAUUCGACCAGUCCCUAAACCUCCUAUUCGCUUCAAUGUGCGCCCACGUUUCCGCUUUGAUUUGCCGGACCCGCCUAUGGACCCAAAAAUGUUAUUAGGUCGCCUCUCCACUGCUUCGUAUUCACGCCCCGUGUACUCUGAUCUUGAAAAAGACUUUCGACCUCCCGCCAUACCCGCAGAUCCAAAGUACGGGCUACGCCCAAACCUUGUGGAAAACGCUCUUUACAGAAAAUCAAAUGAGCUCUCCAUGGACGAUAAUGCCCUUUUGUUUUCUGUCAUGGCUGGAAGACCCGGUUACACUAGUUCGAGGACAGGCCCCGACUCAAUAAGGCGAGGAUCACAAAAGAUCGGUGUACGUCCACCACAGCAGAAGCCCACCACCACAAACCCAUUCCUGCGAGCUAUGAGCUACGAUGAGUACCAAGGGUCGUCGAGCGUCACACGUCAUAUGCUUUCUGCGAAAGAUGACGAAGACAAGGCGGCAAAACUAGCGAAUGAUAUGAAGCAUGAUCCCAAACUUCGCGAACGUCGCAGACGUGCUAUGCUGCAUUCGUUUGAAGCGGCUCGACAGCGACCGAGGCACCCCGACCGAAGAAAGGCACACCUCAAACCUGUUCAUGUUGCACCUGUUUUGCCAGAUUUUGAUACUCUAGGCCAAGCGUUUGUGGCGAUUGAGUUCGAUAAAGAUGACAACCUCACACAUCUGGAACGUCAGCGGGAAGAAAGUGAAGCAACGGACGAGUCUGAGCGCACCUUCACGGUCAUCCCUGUGGGAAAGUCAGAUCUCAAUGAUCGGCAGAUAAUCGCAUGCUACACUCCAAGUGGACACACUAUCGCGAGACGAAAGCACCUGCGAGAAGAAGAUGGUCCAAACGCAGACCGCGAUCCGAAGAAGAUUCGCUAUGAUGAUGAAGAGACAUAUGAUUGGAUUGCGGAAUACGCAGUUCGAGAGACAAAAAUUGGGAAUGGGUAUAAAAGCAGGAAUACACUCGCCAGGUCUUGUUUUGCGGCAGUAGAGUACACGAAAGCGGACAACCCAAAAGUAGGAGUGGUGCUGUUUUCCAGGAUUGACGCGACCUGGAAACUGUCCAAACGACCCGGAACGAUAGAAAAGUUUGGAAAGCCAGGCCUAAAACUGAAGAGAGAUAAUCAGAUGCAACCGGAUGAAGAUUUCCAACGCGAUUUGAUUGCUGGACGGACAGGUAACGAAAAAGAACCGAAAAGUGUAAAUGAAUGGGUUUUUAGGAACACAAUCGAGAGAAAAACAAGCUACAGAAGUAAGCAAAGGUUUUGGGUUCGGAUGGCAUGCCGAGCAGAACAAAAUACAGUAUUCUGGACGAAAUAUUCUGUGUCUAUGGGGACCAGCUUGCCAAUCCCUACUUUUAGAGAAGGAAGUACAGUAUCAGUAAGAACUGACCACAUAGCCAAUAAUAUGAAGCAGGCAGCGAGAGAACACAUGAACCGUAACGGUAAAAAGACUUCAGUUUUGGGACUGAAAUAG